CGUGAUCAAUAUUGACCAUGAAAUAACCCGGUUCUUUGAUAUCAUAUCAGUAAUGAAUAUAGUGAACCGGACUUCAUUAUCGACCGUGAGUUCAGCUUGGUAACAAACAACUAUACAAGUACCCAAAAUAAUAGAUAUUUAAUAUAUCCUGGUGAAUAUCCCAAUCGUUUCAAGCCAUACAAAUAUAAUAGGAUUUCUGAAGUAGAAGAAACAAGUUUUAAUACACCUGAGCCAGUGCAAAAUCCUGGAGCCGUUAGUGAAUUGACAAUAGAUGAAAGUGCCCUCUUAUUGGAGUCUGGAGUAUCUUCUGCUCAACACUAUAGUGUUGCUGGCGCAGUUGGGGCGGUGCUGUUAGUUCAAUUGUUGGUGCUGUUGGAAGUGCAGUAGAAACCGUAGGUGGUGUUGGUACAACAGUUACAGGGGUAACCAAAACCAAAAACAGGAAUUGUCCUCCCAUUCAGUAAUAACAUUGGACCAGGCAACGAUAUCCAACCACCUAGAACAGCAACAGACGCAAUCGCAGAACAUCACGACAUUCUGUACGGAGCUGCUAAGAAUAAUAAGGAUAUCUUGGACGCAGAUCAGAAGGCAGCAAUGGUGGACAGACUAUCAGACUUGGAACGUAGGUUCCCAAAUGAACGAUUCGGAAUAACGGGUAACAUAAUAAGUAAUCUAUUGUCAACAGUAGCUAUAUGUCCGCUGUCAGAAAUUGUUUGUAUAAAAGAAUACUUGAUGGAUCCUGAAAUUGCUUGUAAGCGACUUGAUUCUAAAGAAGUUAAAGCAGCUUUAGACUUAAGAGCUGCUGAAAUCAAUAAAUGGACCAUCUCGGAUUAUCAAAAAUUUUAUUCAAAUCCUACAACUAAAUGCAUUUGGUCGGCGCGCAGUUCAGAUAACGUUGACGAUACGUAUUACUCCUAUUCCGAAUCGUUAAUGAUAUGUAAUGGCCUUUUAAUGUAUCAAAUGGAAAACUCUGUAGACGAGUUUAAGAAGUCAUUAGUUAGUAUUCUAGAAUCUAGUGUACCCAGAUUAAAUUGUAUGGUAAUAGUAUCACCGCCUUCAGCGGGCAAAAAUUUUUAUUUUGAUGGAAUUAGAGAUUAUUUUAUGAAUGCCGGACAAAUGAAUAAUUCUAUUGGGACUUAUCCUUUUGCUUAUCAGGACUGUUGCAACAAAAGAAUAAUUUUUUGGAAUGGACCGAACUACGAAAGUUCACAAUUAAAAAAACUGAAAAAGUUAUUCGCGGGUGAUGACUUGCGCUUCGAUGUUAAAUAUGAACCUCAAGCAAUUGUAAAACGCACCCCUGUUAUUGUAUUGUGCAACUCAGAACCAGCAUUUGUUCGACACGCAGAAUUUAGAGAUAGUGUAGUAAUGUAUAGAUGGAAGGCUGCUCCUUACUUGAAAGACUUCGACAAAAAACCACUUCCAACUGCUUGUGUAGAUAUUUUAUUCAAUAAAGAUUUAUAAAUACA